AUGAAGAAAUCUGGGAGAGAUACGCAAUCCAUGACAUCGUCACAUCAUUGUUUCGGAAUCGGUUUAGCCGAACACACUAGCGGAUCAAUGACAAGCCUGAAUCUUACAAAAUCAACAGCCUCGUUGUUUAUGACUGACGAAUCAAAUCUUCAAACUCAGCGAAGAGAAAAACAGGAAGAUGCUAGGAUCAAAAGGGAAGAAACAAAACCAGAUAAUAAAAGAUGCACGAUUGGAGGCUACGGAUCGGAUAAAUCUAUGUCAACACAAGCGAAGCCCGCAGAAACUAAGAAUAAGUCUUUUCUGAACUUUCUCAGGCGCGGGUUUUCCGCUAAAAAUCGCAACCGAACAAAGCACACCGCAACGAGCGAAUCGUACGCUUUUGAAGCCCCUCAGGCAGUUUCAACUAUGCAUUCGGAAUUUUCAAAAUAUAUAGCGUUGGAAAGAAGGCCACAUGACAG